UUCUGGGCCGGCCCCUGUGCUCAGCGCAUUCCCUCCAGCUUCCGGGCAGCCGCCGGCUCCUGCCACCCGGUGAGGCCAGGGGAGGCUGGUGCUCAGGGCCUCCGCCGCCGGAAAGAUCCUGCUGGAGGCUGUUCUGUGAGUCAGAGGAGAAGGGACAGGAGUGAGCAUGUCGGCCCUCAAUUGGAAGCCCUUUGUGUACGGAGGGUUGGCCUCCAUCACGGCUGAAUGUGGUACAUUUCCAAUUGAUUUAACUAAGACACGGCUCCAGAUUCAAGGCCAGACGAAUGAUGCGAACUUUAAAGAAAUUCGAUAUCGAGGAAUGUUGCAUGCAUUAGUGAGGAUAGGCAGAGAAGAAGGCCUGAAAGCUUUGUAUUCUGGGAUUGCCCCUGCGAUGUUACGCCAGGCUUCCUAUGGCACCAUCAAAAUAGGCACCUACCAGAGCUUGAAGCGAUUGUUUGUGGAGCGCCCUGAAGAUGAAACCCUUCUGAUAAAUGUGGUCUGUGGAAUUCUCUCUGGAGUCAUGUCCUCAGCCAUUGCCAAUCCAACUGAUGUUUUGAAAAUACGGAUGCAAGCACAAAACAACACCAUUCAAGGAGGAAUGAUAGGCAACUUUAUUAACAUUUACCAGCAAGAGGGAACGAGAGGACUAUGGAAGGGCGUGUCUCUUACUGCUCAGAGGGCUGCUAUCGUUGUUGGUGUGGAGCUACCAGUCUAUGACAUCACCAAGAAGCAUCUGAUUCUGUCGGGCCUGAUGGGAGACACUGUGUACACUCACUUCCUCUCAAGCUUCACCUGUGGUCUGGCUGGGGCUCUGGCCUCCAACCCUGUGGAUGUUGUGAGGACACGUAUGAUGAAUCAGAGAGUCCUUCGUGAUGGCAGAUGCUCUGGGUACACAGGUACCCUGGAUUGCUUGUUACAGACAUGGAAGAAAGAAGGAUUUUUUGCUCUAUAUAAAGGGUUUUGGCCAAAUUGGUUGAGACUUGGUCCUUGGAAUAUCAUUUUCUUUGUGACAUAUGAGCAGCUGAAGAAAUUGGAUUUAUGACAAGUCAAGGCUGCAUGAGACAUCCCUCUGAAAACGCUAACUUCCAAAACAGUAAAGCUUCCUGUGUUUCCCACUGCUUCCCACUGCUUGGCUCAUCACGGAUUCUGAGGUGUGAGCAACAGAUGAAGACUGGGUUAGUUCCAACUGCUGUGUGUUGGCAUCAGCCACUCUGCAUCGAACGUUUACUGGCAUGAACUGCAACAUUCAGACACUAGUUCUUACCAUCAAAGUGCCCUUUGACAUCAAAUAUAACAUGAAAUGCAUGUUUUUUGUUAAAGAAAACUUGCAAGAAGAUCAGGAACUGGUGCUGUUUCUUCAGGGAAGAGUAGCACCUGGAGCAUCGCAGCUCAUAGCUGAGAGUACGGACCGCCCUGAAGAAGCUCACUGGAACCGUGGAAGAGCCUCUAGGGGGCAUUGUCGUUCCUGACCUUGGGGCUUUUGCUUCUUGUCAGCUGAAGAACUCUCACAGGUGGAGACCUGGGCUUUUCAACCCUAGGUACCAACUGUACAGGAAGUAGAGCCCUGGAAUAUUGCACUGCUUUAUAAUUUCCUAUUUUGGCAGGAUCUUUCACUUAUAAUAAGUGAUUUUAAGCCUUUGAAGACUUGACCUUUGUAAGGAAUUGUUACAAAGUAUUAAUAUCUAAACUCACGGUGGUGUGAUGUGUUGGCUAUGAAGGUGGCAAGGUCUGGGUUGAUGGAAGGUGUUUCAAACAACUUGGGUUCUGUCUUAGGUUAUGUUAGUAAUUUGUUCUUUGAUUUUCAGCAAAGUUUAUGUCCCAUUCUGGAAAUGGGGAUAAUAACAUCUAUGGAAAUUGAGGGUCAAAUGAAGAAAAUAUUAGUUACUACUAUUUGACUGUUUGGUAAGGGUGUUUACAUUAUGCUGUCAUACAGCUAUAAUUUGAGGAUAAACAGACUGUGUGUAUGGAACAGUCAUUUUAUCAUGGACUACUCAUCAAAAUUCCGAGGGAAGCCCAUUGUUAAAGAAAGAACACUGUAUAAGUUAAGGUUUUAUUAUGUUUUCAUUGCAAAGUGUUUAAAGUGAAUUAAGAGUUGAUUUUUCCAGAUUUCCCAGUUUUUACUUUAGUUUGGGCCUUGUUUGUUUAAAUAUUUCCUAUCUUGGACUUCCUAAUUAGCUUGGAUGGCAAAUAAUGCUUGAAAUUUCAGUAACGAUUUAUUUGGCAUUACACCUGCUUAUCUAGUUUCUGACAAGAGGUAUAUAUCUUCUUCUAAAGACAAGAUAACUCAUUCUUCCUCUUC